CUCUGAUUGGAAACGAUUUGUUGACAUUUUUACCUCCCCUGACCGCGGGAAGAAAGUUUGCCUACGCAGCAGGAAAGACAGUUGAUCAAAACCAAAACAUCUCGGCUGAGGCACAGGCAAAGGAUACAUUUAAUAAAGUCUUGGUACUCGGAAACAGGAAAGUCAGAUAGAUCUAUUUGACAAUGUCAAAUGCGGUUGCAGAGCAGAUGCCAGGAGAGCCAAUAGCUGGUAGCUCAACUGUAACUUCUGAGAGUUGUGAACAGAUAAUACUAAACAAACAUGAAGAUAAUCCAGUAGUGAUUUUAGAUGAUGAUUCUUCAGAAACAACUGUUGACAAAUUGACAAGUAUUUCAGAAACCAAAUUUGUUGACAGUGUGAUACCACAUUACCCAAAGUCUUUUGUUGAUGUUCUUCAUAAUGGUGAAUUAGAAAUGACAAAAAUGUCACCAUCAAGUGUGUCCAAUGAGAAUGAAGCACCUGAUUUAUCAAAUAGAAACAAAGCACCAAGUAAUACAUUGACAAUGCUAGCGGCAGAGUUACAGAAACCAGCAAGUUCAAAGUGUUCUGGUCCAGGGAGUAUUGCGGAGGCAGCACAUAAUGCAUUCCUGGCCAGUCAACCUGGGCCACAUCCAUUAUUACAACAGAUUGAAAACAUCUCACAAAUAUAUGGUAAUCAAGAUGUGGUGAUGGUCAAUGAUAAACAGUUAUCUGCCCCUGUUGCCCAGGGUGAUGAAGAAUUAGGAAGACUUGCUCAGGAUGGUGUAAAUGAAACAAUUAGUGCUGAAGUAUUCUCUGGGUACAGACAUAGAGAAAUUUUACCAGGGUGUAAGCCCCAUCCUGGAGAUAUUGUAGAGGCAGGGCCACUUGCUGCAAUAACCCCACCAGAUAACUACUACCCACUGGAUAAGUCCUUGCCAAGGGAGAUAAUUCAAGGUGGAAAACUGAGUAGUCUUCAAUUAGAAGGUGUUAUACAGGCAUGUCAGAGGCAUCAGAUGUUGUUACCUAAUGGUCAGAGAGCUGGUUUCUUUAUUGGUGAUGCUGCUGGUGUAGGUAAAGGUAGACAGAUUUCUGGAGUUAUUUUGGACAAUUUUGCCAGAGGAAGAACAAAGAGUAUUUGGUUUACAAUAUCAGCUGACUUGAUUGUAGAUGCAAGAAGAGAUCUGGGUGACCUUGGUUGUUACAUUAAGGUGAUUGAUGGAUGCCAAGAGCUGGAUAAACAUACAAGGGUGUUGGGUCUUCCAGCAGAUUUUAGAGAAGGUGUUGUGUUCAGCACAUAUGCCACUCUUGUAUCAACAGUACAAAGUAAAGGAAGCAGUGGUAGACAAAGUCGUUUACAACAACUGGUAGACUGGUGUGGUGGGGAGGAGUUUGAUGGCUGCCUUGUGUUUGAUGAAUGUCAUAAAGCAAAAAACUUUGUUCCAGGAAAAGAACAGGCAAGCACCAAGAUAGCAUUAUCUGUUACCAGUAUACAGAGAAUGUUGCCAAAGGCUAGAGUAUUGUAUUGCAGCGCUACUGGAGUUACAGAUGUUAAAAAUAUGGCAUUUAUGGAAAGACUUGGACUGUGGGGAGAAGGUGCACCAUAUAGGAACUUUGAACAGUUUUUAGUGUCUGUUCAAAAGAAAGGCUUAGGAAUGGCAGAGAUGUUAGCAAUGGAGAUGAAGUCAGCUGGCAUGUAUGUAUCUAGAGGUCUGAGUUAUAAACAAGCAGAGUUUAUAACUGUAGAAGCUUCAUUGACAAAGGAACAGGUCAAAAUGUAUGACACAGCAGUACAUGUAUGGAAUGAGUUACGGAAAGCGCUAGAGUCAGCCAUAUUGAGGACAACAAAUAACAACACUCGCCUCUGGGCUCAAUUCUGGUCAUGUCAUCAGAGAUUCUUCAAACAGUUAUGUCUAGGUAUGAAGGUACCAUCUAUAGUAAAGGAAGCUCAUGAAGCUAUCAAUGAUGGAUGUUGUAUUGUAAUAGGUCUACAAACUACAGGAGAAGCAUCUUUGGAGAGUGAGCUGGACAAAGGUAAAGGAAGUGUGACAGGAUUUAUGUCACUCUGUCGUGAAAUACUUACACGUUUUAUAGACCAGUACUUUCCUACACGUGUUGAUGCUCCGAAAGAAGGGGAAAUUAAAGAGGAUCCAUGGAGCGUGACAGCCAAAAACAUGCUGCUAAAUUUUACCAAGAAAAUUGCUCUACCAGACAGUCCCCUUGAUGAGAUUAUAGACAAGCUAGGUGGUCCGGGGAAUGUUGCCGAGAUGACCGGACGUAGAGGUAGAAUCGUGAGACCGUCGGCUACAGAGACACCGAGGUACGAGACUAGAACAGCUGAUAAUGAUGCCUACGGUGCUAUAGACAGUCUGAAUGUACAGGAGAGGAAUAUGUUUAUGGAAGGGAAGAAACUUGUAGCAAUAAUAUCUGAUGCUGCUAGUACAGGAAUUUCUCUGCAUGCUGAUCAAAGAGUGGCUAACCAGAGAAGACGUAUUCACCUAACUGUGGAAUUACCAUGGAGUGCUGAUAAAGCUGUACAACAGUUAGGCAGAUCUCAUAGAUCUAACCAAUCUAGUGGACCACUUUAUAUGUUGACAACAGAUCUGGGUGGUGAGAGAUUAUUUGCUGCAGCUGUGGCAAGGCGACAUGCAUCAUUAGGGGCGUUAACAAAGGGAGAUCGUAGAGCUGCUACUGGAGCAGAUUUGACAGAGUUUAACUUUGACACAUCUUAUGGUCGUAAUGCCCUCCGGAACAUGUAUAGUCAUAUAUGUAGUAAAAAGAUGGUUCCUGGAUUGUCAUUAAAUGUGCUGACUGGGGGCAAAUAUGAUUUUGAAUUAUUUAACAGACAUAUGCAGGUUAGCCUGGUGUUGAUGGGACUGGUAGAUAUUGACAUGUUAAGAUCAGGGCCUGUACUGAAAGACAAGGACACUGGGGAUGUUAGUAAAUUUCUCAACAGGAUCCUUGGACUAAGUGUGGAAAAACAGAACAUGAUCUUCACUUACUUCACAGAGUGUAUGAAACUUGGUAUAGAUAAUGCAAAGAAAGAGGGAAGGUAUAAUGAGGGGAUGCUGGACAUAACUGCCUCAUCUGUAGAGAUGGUGGGAAAACCUAAAGAAAUCUUCAAAGAGUUCAACAAAGGUCACACAUCCACCAGACUAGUGGAGUUAAACAUUGACCGAGGAAUGAGCUGGGAACAAACUUUAACAAGGGCAGAUAAUCACAGCCAGAAACAAGAUGGGUUUUAUAUCUCCAGACGAGAUGUAUGGGGCAAGAAACUAUUUAUUCUAGCUACACAGAAAGAGAACUCCACACAUCUGUUUAAAAUAGCAAGACCAAACACAGGGUUAUCAUUCUUUGAAGAGGAGAAAACCGAUCUGUUGCAGAGAUAUACUAAAAUAGAUAGAGCUGAUGCAGAGAAAGGAUGGAAAGAACAGUAUGAAACUACAAAGUCAAGUUGUGUACAUGGCUCUCACUGUAAGAAUAAAGACUUUUGUAAAGUUGGAAGUCGUUGCUAUAGUCUACAUCUUCUAUGUGGUAGUAUAGUUACAUACAUGAGUAUUCUGGAGGGUACACUCAAUCGCAAUGCAACCAAGCUGAAUCUCAGUAAAACAGAAUCAUCUAUCCGUGUUGUAAGAGUAAAGUUAAACGAUGGUGAACGUGUAGUAGGAAUAAGAUAUCCACAACUACUCAUACCAGAGGUGGAGAAAACACUGAAAGAACAACGAUUUAUAGAGAAUGCUCAACAAUCUCAACCUCAGAUGUCACAGUACUUUCCAUCUAGUCAGGGAGUGUAUAAUGGACUCUCCCAAGCAAUCAUGAUGUCACAAAGCAUUAAUGGACUACCCUCUGGUACCAGUGGACUAUUCCAAGGAAGUCAGCUAUCCCAGAAUUCCAACAGUACCACUGCAUUUCAAAAUGGACUAUCCCAGUCAUCGAGUGGACUUUACCAGAUGCCAAAUACAACUGCAGUCAAUUUAAAUGAUUCCAAUUCAUUGGACCAAAAUAAUCUGCCAAAUGGAUCAAGUUCGGAUACUCAAAAAACAGUUGUUCAGGAUGUCACACCAGUUAAUUCUAAAUGUUUAGCAAAGGCGCUAAAACCUCCAUUGACCAUUAAAAACUUUUUUAAAACCUCUUUAACUCCGAAAAAUGAAAGCAGUGAAACCAGCGAUUGUAGGAAUGUAGGCAAUAAAUUAGAUACAGUAAAAAAUACAAAAGAAAUAAGUUAUGAAACUUUUCUGAAAAGAGCAGACGUAGGUGAAACAAGUAGUGCAUGUUCUUCUAUGGACUUGGAUAGUAAGUCUGAAGAAGAUACCAGUAGUGAAUGCAAGGUAACGAAAGUUGAAACUGAAGAUACCGGUAGUAAUUCGAGCUCAAAUUCUAAAAUGGAUUCUUCAAGAACUUGCUCUUCAUAUUUUACGACCAGUUCUUCAAAGAAAAGAAGCUUGGACUAUCCAUCCAGCUCUCAGCCUAGCAAAAAGCCCAAACAGGCUACGUUGUUUUCAACAUUGAAGAAAAUGAAGACGAAGAAAGAGGAGGAAGAGAAUAAAUCUGCGACUUGUCCAAUAUGUUGUAAAGUUUUUGAGAAGGGUAUUUCAAAUGCAGAUUUGAAUUCUCAUAUAGAUAACUGUAUCAUAGAGUGAAUUGACUGUGAUAAAAGACAUUAACUUGGCAAUAUUACAAAUUCUAUAGAAUGCUUGAAGCAUGUAUCUGCUGAAUUUAAUUUUUAGCUCGACUGUUCAAAGAAAAGGGAGAGCUAUUGUUCUCAAGUCGGCAUUGGUCUUUUCUGUCAUAGUUUGUUACGUUUUUGCAUAAAAGUUGGUAUCUCCAAAACUACUGAAAGCAAUGGCUUGAAACUUCACACACUUAUUUAAGAGCACAAUAGGUCACUGUCCAAGGCCCAUAACUCUUAUCAAUUUGAUCUUAGUAAGAAAUUAAUAUUUUGUAUUUUUAGAAAUUUUUCCUCAGUCAAGUUCCUUUAAAGCUGCAUGCCAUGUGUAAAAUACUUUCUUUGUUCACUUCACAAUAUUUUACUUUUAAAACAUUUUCAAAAUUUUCAUGAAAAUUAGCAUGAAUCUGGAGGCAUGUUCCUUUAAGAAAUAAAUUAUUUUUACAGAUAAAUUUGAAUUUCUAUAGAUUUGUUUAAUUGAAUGAUACCUGUUCAAUUUAUCAAGUAAAUUUUUUCACUUAAAAGCUGUCAUUACCUUGAGAAGUACUGUUCAACAGUCUAGUCUAAAGUGAUGUUAGGUAAAUAAUGUGAUAAUUGUACAGGAGUUUCUCUCUCAUAAUCAUCAUAUAUUUUUCUAGAUAUUAUUGUUUUUCCCAUGAGCAUGUUUGUGGGUUUUAUUCUUAUGUUUAUAUGUAUAAUCCAUUUCAACUAUAGAAUUUUUAAACUUUAUCUCUUAAAAAUUCACGAACACCCUGCAGGAUUGGGAUUUGCCUUUAUUCUGAAAUCAUGAAUGAUGAUUUUUGGUCAUUUUUCUAUGUACUUGAAUAAUUGCUUUAGUCUGGUUUUUAAAAAAAAAUUUCUUUGUUAAUAUUUCAUUCAUCACAUUUGAUAUUAAUCUAAUGGUGCUCAGGUCAGCUAUUUUUGUGUUUCCCUUUCUUUGCAUACACAUGUUUACUGUUAGACUUGUUCCGUUUAUAUCUUGACCAGAUGACUAAUUAAAGCAAUUUAAGAUUUAUCAUUGCCAGUUUUCUUUUACUACUUACUACUAAUAUAGAAUAAACAGAAUCCUUAAAGGACACCCUGAACGGCAAAAUUGAAAAUGUUUCAGGCUUGGUUUGAUUGAGCCUGUUCAUGGACGGUACUGGAAAGUGCAAGCUACCGUCCACGCCCCCUAGCAUCUGCUUAAGGAUAAUUCAACAUUUAAACAGGAAAUCCUGUCAAACACAU